AUGCAGCGUGUUAGAUUUUCAUCUCAACAGACACCAGUACACAAACUAGGAGAUCCUCAAAUGACAUUAUCUCCUAAGUUUAGGUUAGCGGUGAUCCAAUCAUCUUUCGCAAAUCCAUCACCUGAGUUAGAGUUUUCUCUAAGAGAGGAACCCUUAAUUCCUGGCCUUCCUGAUGAUGUUGCUCUCAAUUGUCUUCUCCGGAUUCCAGUUCAGAGUCACUCAUCUUGUAGAGCUGUCUGCAAGAGGUGGCGUAUGCUACUUAGUAACAAAGAGAGGUUUUUCACCAACAGGAAGCAAUUUGGUUUGAAAGACCCUUGGCUUUUUGUAUUUGCCUACCAUAAGUGCACGGGGAAGAUCCAAUGGCAGGUUCUUGACCUCACACACUUUUCUUGGCACACUAUCCCUGCAAUGCCUUGUAAGGACAGGGUUUGCCCUCAUGGUUUUAGGUGUGUUUCGAUCCCCCGUGAAGGCACACUGUUUGUUUGUGGUGGCAUGGUCUCUGAUGUGGAUUGCCCUCUUGACUUGGUAUUGAAAUACGAGAUGCAGAAGAAUAAGUGGACGGUGGUGAAUAGGAUGAUUACUGCUAGGUCGUUUUUUGCUAGUGGAGUGAUUGAUGGGAUGAUUUAUGCAGCUGGGGGGAACAGUACGGAUCUUUAUGAGCUAGAUUCUGCUGAGGUGUUGGAUCCUCUCAAUGGGAGUUGGCGCCCUAUUGCCAACAUGGGAACAAAUAUGGCAUCUUAUGACGCAGCUGUUCUCAAUGGGAAACUUCUUGUGACUGAAGGGUGGUUGUGGCCAUUUUAUGUCUCUCCAAGAGGCCAGGUCUAUGAUCCUAGAACUAAUAACUGGGAAAAUAUGGCUGUUGGACUCAGAGAAGGGUGGACAGGCUCGAGUGUCGUUGUUUACGGGAACUUGUUUGUUGUUUCUGAGCUUGAAAGAAUGAAGCUAAAGGUUUAUGACCCCGAAGCCGAUUCCUGGGAAGCCAUAGAAGGGCCUCCUCUGCCUGAGCAAAUAUGCAAACCUUUUGCUGUGAAUGCUUGUGAUUCUCAUAUUUAUGUUGUGGGUCGAAAUCUUCUGGUUGCUGUUGGCCAUAUCUCUAGACUGAAACCAAAAGAAAAUUGUAAGGAAAAAUGGAACUUCGGUGUUCGAUGGCAUGUAAUUGAUGCGCCAGAGUGUUUGUCUGAUCUGACUCCUUCAAGCUCUCAGGUGCUGUUUGCUUAG